AUUGCUCAGAAAAUAACAGAACUCAAUCUAGUUGGCGACCAUUUGCUUCGGGACGACUAUAAGUUGAUACAGUGGCGUACGGGUUUGUUUAACAAUGCAGCCAAGAUGAAUGCACGUGCCACUUUUUCGGAUGCCGAAACCAGUUUUGCAAGACAUUUUCGAAAAGUAGUCAUGCCGAUUGAUAUGCGCGAAGGCUGUUACAGCUUUGAUGAUCAUGAAAUGCAGAUUGCCGUGCUGAAAAUGCUCAACCCGGACUGUUUUGACCAGUUGAUACAGAAGAAACGUUGCCUGAAGCAAUUUGGAAAUCCGAGACGCAACUUGGUACACAAUGGCCAUGGCCGUCGAUUCUUCAGCGAAAUUGGGGUUUCUCGCCCGAACUUGGCCUGUAAUGUGCUCGAUGAGAGUAGUCCGAACUACGCAUUCCAGCACGGUCGUUCCUUUUGA